AUGUCUAAUUCACCAAAUUCGGCGCAAGACGCAGAGAAACACACAACACCGUGUCCAGCAAAGACUUCGGCCUUUACAUCCCUAGGCUGGCUGGACAGAUUCCUCGCAAUAUGGAUAUUCCUCGCCAUGCUGAUUGGCAUCCUUCUGGGGAAUUUUGUGCCUACCACCGAGAAAGUUCUCCAACAGGGAAAAUGGGUUGGUGUGUCGAUACCAAUUGCAAUCGGGUUACUGGUGAUGAUGUACCCUAUCCUGUGUAACGUGCGGUACGAAACACUCCACCAUAUUCUUGGGCAAAAGGCGCUGUGGAAACAAGUACUCUUCAGCGUGGGGUUCAACUGGAUCAUCGCGCCGUUCUUCAUGCUCGCACUGGCAUGGGCCUUUCUUCCUGAUGAGCCGCAUCUCCGCAACGGCCUUAUCCUCGUCGGUCUAGGUCGGUGCAUCGCCAUGGUUCUGAUAUGGAAUGGCCUCGCGGGCGGCGACUCCGAGUACUGUGCUAUUCUUGUCGCCAUCAACUCCAUGCUGCAGAUGGUCCUGUUCGCACCACUGGCAGUAUUCUUCCUCCGCGUCAUCGGACGCUCUGCCAACGAGGUCCAAGUGCAAUAUUCAGUGGUGGCAACCAGUGUAGGCGUGUUCCUUGGGAUUCCUCUCGGCGCAGCAAUCGUCACCCGUCUGAUCGUGCGCCGACUAGCCGGCGAUAAGUGGUACAACGACAAAUUCAUGAAGUUUUUGUCGCCGUGGUCCCUGAUUGGGCUGCUGUACACCAUCAUCGUGCUGUUUGCCGCACAGGGAAAACACGUGGUGAGACAGAUUGUCAGUGUUGUGCGUGUGGCCGCCCCGCUGGUCGUGUAUUUUCUUGUCAUAUUCUUUGUGACGCUGUGGGUGAUGAGGAGGAUGGGAUAUGGCUACCGGCUGGGGUGUACGCAGAGUUUCACGGCGGCCAGUAAUAAUUUCGAGUUGGCGAUUGCGGUGGCCGUUGCGACGUUUGGGGCGGAUAGUGAGGAGGCGCUGGCGGCCACCGUUGGCCCGUUGAUUGAGGUUCCUGUGUUGAUCGGCCUGGUGUAUUUCGUGAAAUGGAUAGGUCGUCGGUGGAAGUGGGAGGAGUAA